AUGAUGGUCAGGAUGCUUGAGGACGAUCUGUUCCCGUCGACUCCGGGGAAGGUGAAGAUUGAACGGACGCACGGGGUGAGCCGCAAACUUCAACGUUGUUUUGCUUCGGCGAGCACUCUUUUCCUGUGGGUUCUUUUUGUCAUCGCCCUCUUCGCUUCGUAUCUCAGCUUCCACAGCUUCGUCGACACCUCGUCCCGAUACUUAUCCGCCUCGUGGGGUGACCUCCACUGGGAACGCCAGAUCCGUGCUUCCGCCGCCGUGCGCCAUCCCAAAGGGAUCACUGUCCUGGUCACCGGCGCGGCGGGGUUCGUCGGAUCCCACGUAUCGCUAGCCCUUCGCCACCGCGGCGACGGCGUGGUCGGGCUUGAUAAUUUUAAUGCCUAUUACGAUCCCUCCCUGAAGAAGGCCCGCAAGGUGCUGCUCGCGUCCCAUGGGGUGUUCGUCGUCGAGGGCGACGUCAACGAUGCGCACCUCCUCGCUAAGCUGUUCAACACUGUGCCCUUCACCCAUGUGAUGCAUCUCUCCGUUGAGGCCGGCGUCCGCUACGCCAUCCAGAAUCCAGCGUUGUACGUUCACAGCAACGUCGCCGGUCUCGUCGCCCUCCUGGAAGCCAGCAAGUCUGCCGAUCCGCAGCCUGCAAUCGUUUGGGCUUCUUCCUCUGUCUCCCUCCUCUGCGAACCAUCGUCGUUGCUCUAUCCCGACGAUUUGCUCCACAGUCGGCGAACCAUCGUCGUUGCUUUGUCCCGACGAUUUGCUCCACAGUGUCCGCUUGCUCGUCGUUUCUUGGAGGAUAAUUUUGGAAUGAAAUUUUUGUUAACCCCGGAAUCGUAG